AUGUACCUGAACGAGAGAUUAAAGCUGUCGCAGGCGACGGCGACGGAGAUGGUGCAUCUCUUCAUCGUCGCCGCGUACCUCGCUCCCCUGUUUGGCGCCUUCAUAAGCGAUAGCUACUUGGGCAAGUACCGGACCAUCCUAUACCUCUCCUUCAUCUACUGCGCCGGCAACUGGCUCGUCGCCUUCUCCGCGCUUCACACCACGCCGUCCGCCGCGCUCCCGUGGGCCCUCGCAGGCCUAUCCUUUCUAGCCUUGGGCAGCGGCGGCAUCAAGCCGUGCGUGUCGUCGUUCGGCGGCGAUCAGAUCGAGAUGACCAACCCUCCCGGCGCGGCUCGGGACCGCCUGGUUCGGCAGUUCUUUUCGUAUUUCUACUUCGCGAUUAACGUCGGGUCCGGGAUCUCGACGAUCGUCACGCCGCUGCUGCGCGUUAAUCUGUCGUAUAGCGCCGCGUUCGCGCUGCCGGCAGUGCUGAUGAUGGUUGCCACGUGUCUCUUCUGGCUCGGCAGCGGGAGUUACGUGCACCAGCCGCCCGCGGGGAACGUGGUGUCCGAAGUCCUCUCUAUAAUCAUCUCCGCUCUAUGGCCGGGGAAGGCGCGGCGGAAAUCUUACCCAACCCUGGCCAUGCCCAUGCCCGUGCCAAUCCCGGAGCGCCACGCGAGCUGUGCUGACGUGGACAGCUCCCCGCUUCUCUCCAGCAGCCCCGCGUCGUUCGGCGCAGGUAAUGGCGGCGGGGGCGGUAGCAGCCAUGGAGGGGGGAACCGCUUCCAACCGGGGAGUCCGCUGCAAGGCCAGUUGUCUGAAUCACCUCAGAGCCAGCAGCGGAAGGGCAGCCAGCCGACGCUGCAGAAGAAGCUGUCGAAGCGGGGCAGCAAGCGAGCCAUAGUGCCGUUGGGAUAUGUUCCCAAGGCGCACUGGCUGGACCCCGCCAAGGGCGCGCACGGGGACGAGGCGGUGGAGGACGUGAAGCUGCUGCUGCGCGUGCUGGCGCUGUUCGCCCCCGUGCCCAUCUUCUGGUCGCUCUUCGACCAGCAGGCCAGCCGCUGGGUCUUCCAGGCGGAGCGCAUGGACGGGCGGAUCUGGGGGGUCACGGUGGAGCCGGAUCAGAUGCAGACCAUGAACGCAGCGCUCAUUCUGGUUAUGAUACCGCUAUUUGAUCAGGUGAUUUACCCUGCGUGCGAGCGCCUGGGCGUGUCAAUCCGCCCCAUCCGCCGCAUGGCCACCGGCAUGACCCUCGGCGCCCUGAGCUUCGCCCUCUCCGGCCUCCUCCAGAUCUGGAUCGAGGCUCGGGCCAAGUCUGGCUCGCCGAGCCUGCUGCUAGGCUCGGCAGUGACCGCUGCUGCUGCAGGGGUGGGGAGUGUGGGCGCAGGGGAUGGAGCUGGUAGGGUGUUACUGGGUAUGAUUGGGGGUAACAUGACAGCAAGUGUUAGCAGCUUUGGCGGCAUGGGUAUGAGUGGUAUGAGUAGCAAUGGCAGCAUGAUGAGCAACAUGAGUGGUAUUGCUGGUCCAAUCGUGACUGGUUCUAUGAUGGACGGGUGGGGAGGAGACCUGGUGACAGUGGGAGGGGCAGCAGCAGCAAGAGUAACAGCAGCAGUGGGCACAGCAGGAGCAGCAGCAGUGGAAGCAAUGGGAGGCCUAGCAGCAGGGGGGCAAGUAGGCAACAGCAGCAGACACGUGCUGCAAGCAUGUGGGGACCCGGGCAGCCCACCAUGCGUGUCACUGGCAUGGCAGGUGCCACAGUAUGUGAUCAUGACCGCCGGGGAGAUCCUAUUCAGCAUCACGGGCCUCGAACUCGCUUACUCGCAGGCCCCUGCCAGCAUGACAGCUGUCGUCACCGCCUUCUGGUGCCUCACCGUCGCUGGAGGCAAUCUCUUCACGGCGGUGGUGGUCGGGACCGUUGGCUCACAUCUCUCUCAGACGCAGGAGUUUUUCUUCUUCACCAUCAUGUGCCUGCUCUCCACGGCACUACUACUCUAUGUCGGCAAGGGUUUCAUCUAUGUGGAGAGCUGCCAGGACUUUGAGCAACCUGACCCUUUCUCUCAGGGUGGUGGUGGUGGGUUUGGUGCGGUUGGUGGGAGUGGUGAGGGGCAUAGUGCCCCACUGCCUGUGCCUGGUGGGUCGGGUGUACGGCAUGAUGCGCUGUUUGAUAUUGAAGGGGCGGGUAGUGUGAACUCGCCGCCUGCUUCGUACACUGACACGCCUACCUAUGAGAACUACCACGAGAGCUUUGGAGGGAGCGACAGCGCGCGCAAGUCCAACUACACGGACAUGGUGAACAAGUACUACGAUCUGGUAACCAGCUUCUACGAGUACGGCUGGGGCGAAUCGUUCCACUUCGCUCACCGCAUGAGGGGCGAGACGCUACGGGAGAGCAUCAAGCGUCACGAGCACUUCCUGGCACUCCGGCUAGGACUGGGCCCUGGCAUGAAGGUGUUGGAUGUGGGGUGCGGCAUCGGUGGGCCGUUGAGAGAAAUCGCGUUAUUCAGUGGAGCCACAGUAACGGGGCUCAACAACAACGAGUACCAGAUCUCCCGCGGCAAGGUGCUGAACAGGCGCCACCGAGCACUGGAGGCAUGUGGAUUCAUAAAGGCGGACUUCAUGAGCAUCCCCGUGCCCGACGCAUCCUUUGAUGCCGUCUAUGCCAUCGAAGCCACCUGCCACGCGCCCGACGCGGUGGGGUGCUACAGCGAGGUGAAGCGCGUGCUGAAGCCGGGGCAGUGCUUUGCGGCGUACGAGUGGUGCCUCACAGACGCCUAUGACCCCAACAACCCCCAGCACCAAGAGGUCAAGAGGGAGGUGGAGCUGGGCAACGGGUUGCCAGACAUCCGCACCACGGCGCAGGUCCGCCAGGCGCUGCUGGACGCCGGCUUUGAGGUCCGCCAGGCGCUGCUGGACGCCGGAUUCGAGCUCCUGGAGGCAGCGGAUCUGACGGAGACAGUGGAGGUGGCUCCCGUGCACCUCACACCAACCAUCUCUUCUCCCUCCCUCCUCUCCCUCUGCGCAGCUACUGGAAGCAGCGGAUCUGACGGAGACAGCGGAGGUGGCGUGACAUACUCUGCUCCCUCUGUGCCAGUCCCGUGCACCUCACACCAACCAUCUCUUCUCCCUUCCUCCUCUCCCUCUGCGCAGCUACUGGAGGCAGCGGAUCUGACGGAGACGGCGGAGGUGGCGUGGCACAAGCCGCUGGACCCCAGCUACUUCUCGCUCUCACAGUUCAAGCUCACCCGCGUCGGCCGCUUCCUCACCACCACCCUCGUGCGUGCCCUCUCUCACUUCCUCUCACCACCUCCUUCCUACGCUUCUUCCAAAUCCAAUCACUCCGUGAUUCCUUGCUUUGACAUGCACCAUCCCACCAUUUGUGCUGUCCAUGCCACCACCUAG